GUGACAUCAAAAACUCUUGUCGCUCUAGGACGCCGCGCUCGCUCGCCUUAAUCCAAGAGGUUGCGGGAGGGUCUGGCGGGGGGGAGGGAGACCCAGACGUGCCCCGGCCAUUUGUAUGUUUUUGGGAGCCAGAAUUAUCUCUUGAUUGAGCAAAGGAAGCAGUCCGUCCCGCAACAGCAGAAACCAUCCCAUGAAUGAGAAGCGUUUGGGGAUCCACAAGAUUCCUGGGAUCUGCUUGGAGUUGCCUUGCAGGCUAGAGACAGAAUGGAGGCGCAACUUUUAGCAAGUGAAGCCGCUCGAAAAGGCUCUCGUGCUGUUCAUGUUCCGCCUGGGAGCUGUGGGGAGAUCUGUGCAAGAGCUGGGCAGAAGUUCCUGGAGGAGGAAACCAUCCUCCAUUCAGAAGUUCAGCCCUGCAGCUUCAGGACCAUCCAAUACCAGGAGGCUGAGGGUCCCCGAGGACUUUGCAGCCGACUCCACAACUUUUGCAGGCGAUGGCUGAAACCAGAAAAACACACCAAAGCCCAGAUGCUGGACCUGGUGGUUCUGGAGCAGCUCCUGGCUAUCCUGCCCCCAGAGAUGGAGAGCUGGGUGCGGGCGUGUGGAGCAGAGACCAGCUCUCAGGCGGUGGCCCUGGCGGAAGCCUUCCUCCUGAGCCAGGCAGAGGAGCAGAAGGAGCAGGUCGAGUUGGAGUCCUUCACUGUGGAGAUCAGAGAUCCUGAAGGAAGGAGGAAUCCAUCAAAUUCCCCCGAGGAUCUGUUUUUCAGGGCGGUAUCUGAGGAAGAGUCAAGUCAGGACACCUUGGGAGGGAAACACAGAAUGAAGUUUUCUGGUCCUUAUGGUGGAGCUGAAUCAGUGGCUGAACCUCCAAAUCAAGAGGAUGUUGUGUCCUUCGAGGAGGUGGCUGUGUAUUUCUCAAAGGAGGAGUGGUCUCAGCUGGAUCCUGAUCAAAAACAGCUGCAUUGGGAAGUCAUGGUGGAAAAUCAUAGGAACGUGGCCUCUUUGGGUAAUAAUGUGCAGGAGAAUCAAGAUUCCUGUGAACUGUUCCAAGUGAUCAAUGCUGGAGAUAGAAUGGAGAAGUCUGCAGUUCAAAAGGCAGUAGGAAGACACGAAAGAAACCAGUUAAAUAACUGGAACCAGGAAAACUCAUCUUCUAUUGAUGCUUCAGUGCAAGAGUUUUUUGCCCAACAAGGGAAUAUAAAGAAAUAUGUUUGGAAAAGUGUGGAACUGAUCAAAGCUAAUUUACAUGUAAAUGAACGCUUUCCAAUCCAAUACAAUGGGACUUUAAAUCUUUCGCCUGGAAAUAGAUCCCUUAUAUCUCCAAAAGAAAUCCACAUAGAAGAGAAGCCUUAUAAAUGUGAGGAAUGUGGAAAAAGCUUCAGAACAAGCAAUCAUCUUACUUUUCAUAAAAAGUCCCAUACAGGACAGAAGCCAUAUAAAUAUAUGAAAUGUGGAAAAAGCUUUGGUGCCAGUUGUGAUCUUACUGUACAUAAAAUGACUCAUACAAUGAAGAAAACAUAUAAAUGCAUGGAAUGUGGAAAGAGCUUUAGUUCUAAUGGUGGUCUUUUUUACCAUAAAAAUAUCCACCAAGGGAAGAAGCCAUAUAAAAGCACUACAUGUGGAAAGAUCUUUGCUCAUAGAAGUCAACUUACUAAACAUAUUAGGAGUCACAUAGAGAAGCCACAUAAUUGUAAGGAGAUUCAAAAGUGGCCGAAUAUAAAACGUUCCCUUAUUCUCCAUGAAAUGAUCAACAGAAGGCAGAAGGCAUUUAACUGUGUGCAAUGUGGAAAAGGCUUUCACAGGAACUAUAGUCUUACCAUCCAUAAAAGGAUCCACACUGGGGAGAAGCCCUAUAAAUGCAUGGAGUGUGGACAGACUUUUGCUGCGAGGAAUUAUCUCAUUUACCAUCACAAGAUCCAUACAGGGGAGAAGCCACAUGAAUGCAUGGAGUGUGGGAAAGCCUUUGCUUACAGGAGUAAGCUUGUGAACCAUAAAAGGACCCAUACAGGCGAGAGACCAUAUAAAUGCAUGGAGUGUGGAGAGAGUUUUGCUGCGAAGAAUUAUCUCACUUUCCAUCACAAGAUCCAUACAGGGGAGAAGCCAUAUGAAUGCAUGGAGUGUGGGAAGGCCUUUAUUCAAAAGAGUAAACUUACCAUCCAUAAAAGGAUCCACACAGGGGAGAAGCCAUACAAAUGCGCAGAGUGUGGAAAGACCUUUGCUCAGAGCUACAAUCUUACUUCCCAUAAAAGGAUCCACACCGGGGAGAAGCCAUAUAAAUGUGCAGAGUGUGGAAAGGACUUUGCUCAUAGCAGUAGUCUUAUUUCCCAUAAAAAGAUCCACACAGGUGAAAAGCCAUAUAGUUGCAAAGAAUGUGGAAAGUGGCUGAAAACAAAACGUUCCCUUAUACACCAUGAAAUGACCCACACAAGCCAGAAGGCAUUUAUAUGUGUGCAAUGUGGAAAGGGCUUUCGGAGGAAUUGUGAUCUUACCAUCCAUAACAGGGUCCACACAGGGGAGAAGCCAUAUAAAUGCACGGAGUGUGGAAAGACCUUUGCUCAGACCAGUGGGCUUAUUUCCCAUAAAAGAAUCCACACCGGGGAGAAGCCAUAUGAAUGUUUGGAGUGUGGAAAGAGAUUCAGUCGGAGUGAUCGUCUUACUUAUCAUAAAAGGAUUCACACAGGAGAUGCCAUAUAAUUUUGUGGAAUGUGGAAAGGGUUUCUACAAAAAUUGAUCACUGAUGUUACAUAAAAGUAUCCACACAGUAGAAAAGCCUUAUAUAAGCAUGGAGUUUGGAAAGACCUUUACUCAGACCAGUCAUCUUACUUCCCAUACAAAGAUCCAAAUGGGAGAAGGUAUAAAAUGUAUGGAGUGUGGAAAGGGCUCCAGUCAUAAUAGGUCCCUUACAUAUCAUAAAGGAUCUAUACAAAACAGAAAUUAUAUGAGUAACUUGGAAAGAGCUUCAGGAAAAGUAAUGACCUAAUUUUUCAAUAAACAUAUUUGUGUGAGAAUCCAUAUAG